GACUUUUUCUGUUAAGUGACGUGACUUCGGAUCAGUAAGUAGGCAUGUAGCAGCAGUCCAAGUGGUACCAUGAGUUUCUUCAAGUUCUCGAAGUUUCAUUGUGUCCUCGAUUACGUGAGCCUGGCUUUACAUUUGGUGGACAUUGGGAUGGACAUCUGGGCUGUGGUGUCUCUGUACCAGGAAGAAGAAUACGUUUAUCUCGGGGUGUUGAUCUUUGUCCUUCUGGGCUCGUCGGUGCUUGUACAAGCCUACAGCUGGCUUUGGUAUACUUAUGAUGAUUUAAAGAGGAUGUCAACGAUUGAGGGGUGUCUCAGUCCGAGGCAAUUGAAAGUCGUGCACUUUUUCCAGCUUGGAGUCUACUUCAGACAUACUGGUCUUGUGGAGCUCACACUUACAAAGAACCAAGACUCGGACUCUGCGGUGUACCUGACUCACGACCUCAGCAUGCUGCGACUCUUUGAGGCUUUUUCAGAGAGUGCACCUCAAGUGGUCCUCAGUCUUACCAUCAUGCUGCAGAGGGGACAUGUGGAUCCUUGGACAGUGUUGAAGGCCUCGAUCUCAGCUUCAACCAUCGCCUGCAGCGUCGCCAUGUACCACCGCGCCCUCCGUUCCUUCCUGCCCGAAAAAGAAGUGCAAAGCAUUGCCUCGUCUCUCAUCUACUUUAUCUGGAACCUCCUUCUCAUCUUCUCCCGGCUGGCCGCCAUUGCCUUCUUUGCGUCCGUCCUGCCCUGCUUCAUCUUCACCCACUUCAUUUGCUCCUGGAUAAUCCUCUUCUUCUGCGUGUGGUGCUCCAAACCAAAGUUUAUGGACAGCCCAUGUGGGGAGUUUCUCUACCAAGCCACCGUGGGCCUCAUUUUGUAUUUCAACUGGUUCAACGUGGUGGAUGAGAAGACUAGAUUCAAGACGACGUUGUAUCAUAGCUUCAUCCUGCUCGAUACUUCCCUUAUCUGCGGCUUGUGGUGCUGGAGAAUAUACACACAACCUCCUUUUGAAAUCUCCUUCACGUAUGCUUGCAUCAUGGCCGUCAGUGUGGUCGCACUUUACAUCUUUGGACUAAUACUCAAAAUACUUUAUUAUAAGUGCUUUCAUCCAAACGUCACAAAAAAGACGCAGAAAGAAGAUGCCACGGGCCCUCCAGAGAAGGCAGUCAUGUUCUCAGCCGGCGAUGCGGCGGAAAACGGGUUUCCUCACAUUGGCGACCGGAGCGCCGCCAUUGAAGAUGCGGUGGACGGCGCCGUGUCACGAGCCGAUGUCAGACUAACCAAUAAAAGAAUGAGGAAACUGGCGGGGAAUUUCUACUCAUGACAUGUGCAUGAACAUCACAAGAAACUAGUUCUCCAUUUCCAACAAGGAGGAUCUAUUACCACCUGCAUAGUCAGCACUUUUUUUUUUUUUAAAAGGACCUGUACUCAUCUGUUUCACAAGAAGCAAAAUGUUUACAGAACUUAACUACCUUGGUUAUGACCAUCAUUAUAAUCACAAAUAGUGUCGCCAGAUGAACAAUAUUAAUUUUAUUCUUGCCUAAAACAUCCACUAGUUUAUUAAAAUGAUUUAUAUUUUUAAUUUAAUUACUAAUGUAAUUCAAAUGUAGUUAUUUAUGUAUUGCGAACAAAUACAAGCCGUGAAAAUAUUCCAAGACAAUACUCAGGGUAUUUACAAUGUAUUGACUUUAUCAGAUAAACAGAAAAUCUUUACAGAUAUCUGUUGAGGUCCUAGAUAGCUACGGUGGUCUAAAAGACCCCCUUAAAUGAGAUGAUUUAGAAAAAAAAAAUUGAAUAACAUUGAACCUUCAACAUUGUUUACUUUAAAACAGACAUGCAGAAUUAUCACAGAAUUGUGUCAUGUAUCAGAAAUAGUCGAGCCAUUUUGUCAAUUGUACAUAAAGUGAACAAAAACAAUACAAAUGUUUCGUUCAAUUUGUUUACCGCGUUGUCGUUUCGAGCCGGUAAUACUAUGUAUUACUUUUUGAUUGUCUCCAAGCCAAGAUGAUGUCACAACAACCAAUAAAUGCAAAUACAUCUAUUUAACAGUAAUACAGAGCACACACACAGGAGUCAAGAUUUUUUUUUCUCGACUACAUUUAAAACAAAAGGACACAUUUUUCCCCCGAAAAAGAGCAAUUUAACAUUCAGGAUAACAAUACAUAGUUACAAGGACUAAACAAAAACGUACACAUUUCCCUUUGAGAUUAUGCAUACAAAUGGUUAAAGGCACAAUAUAAAUAUGCAAAACAAAAUGAAGAAAACACUCAAAAUCCACAUUCUUAACGAUCCAAAAGCUGCGAGUGAGUAAAGACGAAACCUUCAGGCUCAGAAUUGUUCAGUCAUCAUGUCGUGCGGACAAAUUUGAACCCCCCCCUCCCCUUUUUUAGUGUCAAACCAAUGGAAAAAUGUAUUGCACAUCCACCUUUGAUCUGCUUUGUACCGAUUGAAUGACAAUGCAUUGUAUUCUCCAAUAUAAAGCAUAUUUUCAAACAUAAAGCAAACUUUCCCAA